CACAAAAAAUUAAGGUUAUCCUAAAAUUCUAACUAAUCUGUAAGGGGGGGCCUUUGUCCCAUAGAUUCAACAGGGGGAGGGUCGAACCUACUCUUCAGGCCCUCUCUCAAUUAUCAACGCUUCUUUACAUAUCAUAAAGCUUAUAUUAGAUUUAGGUUUUAGGAGAUAUAUGUAGAGGUAGGAGAAGAACACCAGAAGAAAGAAAAAAGAAAAUCUAAGAAUAGAAAAUUUUAUUUGUUUUGGAAGAGGUAAGGAUUAAGGAUGGGCAGCACCGCAAAAGUUGCCAUUUUAAGCGUUACUUUCAUAGCGCUUCUGGCUGCUGUUGUUGCGUUGAUUGUCAUGAUGCACAGACAUUCCGAGGAAAAGGCAGAACAUACCAAACAGGACGAUGACGUAAAGGCCUCCAUUAGAGCGGUUUGCGAGCACACUGACUACAAGGAAACUUGCGUUGAAAGCCUCUCCAAAACAGGCACCCAUUCUACUGAUCCUUAUGACCACGUAAAGGCCACGUUUGAGAUCACAAUUAAGCAACUUGAGGAUGCUGCUAACAACUCCACACUCAUGAAAGAGGUUCAUGCAGACCCGAGAACCAAUGAUGCUCUCAAGUGUUGCAAGGAGCUUGCAGAUCUUGCUGUUAUGGAUCUAAGGAGAUCUGUCGAUAAAAUGUUAGGUUUUGAUCUUAGUGACGUCGGGCGUUCCCUUGUCCAACUCAAGAUCUGGAUGAGUGGUGCGAUAACUUAUGAACAAACUUGCCUAGACGGGUUUGAAAAGGCCGAAGGAGAUUCAGGAGAGAGAAUGAGAAAAUUGUUGAACAUAUCAAUGGAGUUAACUAGCAACUGCCUUGCUAUGAUCACAGAUCUCUCACAGGCGUUUGAAAUAAUUGACACACCCCAGACCAGUAAUCGUCGUUUGCUUCAUCUAUCCAACAACGACCUCAAUCUUCCUGAAUGGGUAGAUGAUACCGACAGGAGUAUGUUACAGAAAGCACCAAAAAAAAUCAAUCCAAACCUGACUGUUGCACAAGAUGGAAGUGGAGAUUUCUUGUCAAUCGUAGAAGCUUUAAAAGUCAUUCCUACUAAAUCAAAGAAAGGGUUUGUGCUCUAUAUCAAACAGGGCAUUUACAAUGAGAUAAUCCGAUUCCCCAAAAACUUGACUCAUCUAGUGCUCAUCGGCGAUGGCCCAGAGAAGACAAAGAUAACAGGAAACUUGAACUACAUAGACGGAGUUUCCACCUUCCACACUGCAACUGUUGGUAAUUAACACGGUGUCAACAAUUUAUGCAUGCAGCUGUUUCUGGAGACUUUUUCAUUGCCAAAGAUAUUGGAUUUGUGAACACAGCAGGUCCCGAAAAGCAUCAAGCUGUGGCAUUGCGUGUUAGUGCUGAUAGAACAAUCUUCUACAACUGCCACAUGCAUGGCUUCCAAGACACCCUCUACGCACACACAUAUCGUCAGUUCUACCGUGAUUGCACAGUCUCCGGUACUAUUGAUUUUGUUUUUGGAGACAGUGCGGCGGUGUUCCAAAACUGUAUCAUGGUUGUUCGGAGGCCAAUGGAUAACCAGAAUUGCAUUGUCACAGCACAAGGAAGAAAGGAAAUGCGACAGCCAACAGGAUUGGUUCUCCAAAACUGCAGCUUUGUUGCGGAUCCUGGGUAUUUUCCGGUGAGAAUGGAACUCAAAUCCUACCUUGGACGACCAUGGAAGCAGUAUUCAAGAACCAUUAUAAUGGAAUCCUUCAUUGAUGAUUUGAUCCAACCUCAAGGGUGGUUGCCCUGGAAUGAAACUUUUGCUUUCGAUACCCUUUAUUACAGCGAGUUUAAUAAUCAUGGACCAGGAUCUAACAAGUUGCAACGUGUGAAAUGGCCUGGCGUUAAGGAGCUAACAACAAAAAGAAUUAAACGCUUCUUGGCCGGAAAAUUCAUCACCGGUGAUACAUGGAUCCCGCCAACAGGUGUGCCUUACAACUCAGAGUUCAUGUUUGAACCCCCAAAAGAUGAUUCCAAGAAGGAUAAAGAUAAGAAGGAUAAGGAUAAGAAGGAUAAAGAUAAGAAGGAUAAAAAGGAUAAGAAAGAUAAAGAUAAGAAAUCUGAUGAAGAGAAAGGAGAUGAUAAUCCAGGUAAAAAGAAAAAGAAGAAACGUAAGAAAGACAAGGGUAGAUCGAUAUCAGAGCCUCCAUCUUCAAGCGCAGCACCUUCACCAGCUGAAAUUAGUCCAAGCAACAUACCUAACCAAGCACCCAACAGUGACAUAAGUGCACCAGCUUUAAGCCCUGCAGCACUGUCACCAGAAGCAUCCCCACAAAUCAGAAAAGGAUCUUUUUUCAAUAGAAUUUUUGGAAAGGUUUUAUUAUAAGUGUAGUCGCGAGUUAAAGGAUUAGUGUGUAUCUAUGUAGUUGUUUAUAGUUCCAAUCGGUAUGCCACCCGUGAUAAGAAACGAAUGUGGCUUUCAGUUUCAGAUUAAACUUUUAACAUGGAAUCAUAUGUAACAUAUAUAAAGUAAAAUGGUGA